GUUACAGAAAAUAUAUGCGCCUGUCAUUGCAAACGACUACCCGAUGCUUGAGGAAUAUCGAACAAAAUGGUCGUUUUUUCCGGCAGUUAAGGCCUCUUUCGGUCCAACCUUAUCAUAUUGCAGUAUCUGGAAGCUGUAAUUCUUCAAAGCGACAGCUUUUAGCCUUUCCCAGAGACCGAUCAUCAUUUGGUGCAUCUCAUCGAUUUUACAGCAAUCCACAUGAAAAUGGGAACGAUAAUGAUGAUAAAACCCCGAAUGAUACGAAAAAUAAGGACACGGCAAUCGUGGAGCAGGUCGAAGAUAUGUUAGGGGGACCGAUGAGUACGAUUACUGUUCCAGAAGUUUGGCCUAUUGUGCCAGUGAUUGCUAUCUCAAGAAAACCACUCUUUCCUGGCUUUAUCACACGGGUUAUGAUCGCUAAAGAUCAAGCAUUAAUGGAAUUGUUGAGAAGGAAAGUGCGGAUGCGUCAACCAUAUGUUGGAGUUUUCAUGAAAAAGGAUCCUGAGAAUGAUUCUGAAACAGUGGAAUCCUUGUCUGAACUUCAUACAGUGGGAUCAUUCGCACAAAUCAAUGUUAUGGGUGAUAAUGGUGACAAAAUAGAAUUGGUUCUGGUCGCUGAAAGGCGCAUACGUAUUUUAGAACCGGUUGCUGAUGAUAUUGAUAUAUCUGAAAAUAUUGGCAAAAUAAAUGGUAGAAGGGUACGUCAAGAGCGUCGUAAACUGGUGAAAGAAAAAGGGAAAGAUCAAAUUGCGUUGACUACAUCUCCAAAAGUUACUCUAGCUCGAACGGAAAAUAUUGUUUCUCAGCCUAUUGAAAGAACAACGGAAGUUAAAGCAACAAUGCAAGCCAUAGUUAGUACAAUUCGCGAUGUGAUGCAAUACAAUACGUUGUUUGCACAACAACUUGGCUUAACGGCAAAUCCAUCGAAAAAUGUAGUUGACAAUCCUAUAUAUCUGUGUGAUUUAGUUGGCUCGCUUGUAAGCGCUGAUCCCAACGAUUUACAAAAUUUAAUGGAUGAAGAAGUUGUUGAAGAACGUUUGAAGUUAGCUUUGCUGUUGAUUGAAAAGGAGAAAACAGUCGCAAAAUUAAAGCAUGAUAUUAAUAAGGAUGUGGAAAAGAAAGUUCAUGAUCAACAUCGUAAAUUCCUUUUGAAUGAACAGCUGAAAGCAAUCAAAAAAGAACUUGGAUUGGAGAAAGAUGACAAGGAAGCUCUGGCAGAGAAAAUGCAAGAUCGCAUAAAAAACCUGAAUGUCCCCGAAUAUGUCAUGAAAGUAAUUAAGGAAGAGCAAGCCAAAUUAUCCUUUCUGGAUCCACAUUCCAGUGAAUUUUCAGUUGCAAGGAAUUACUUGGAUUGGCUAACGAAUAUGCCAUGGGGUAAGACAUCGGAGGAUGUGCUCGAUUUGGACAGAGCUAUUGCCGUGCUAGAUGAAGACCAUUAUGGAAUGAAGGAUGUCAAGGAUCGGAUUUUGGAAUUCAUUGCAAUUGGUAUACUUAAAAAGAAAGUAAGUGGUAAAAUCAUAUGCUUACAUGGACCGCCAGGUACUGGCAAAACGAGUAUUGCCCGAUCAAUUGCCCGAGCAUUAAACAGAGAGUACUUUCGAUUUUCUGUUGGUGGAAUGACAGAUGUUGCAGAAAUCAAAGGACAUCGUCGUACAUAUGUUGGAGCGAUGCCUGGGAAAAUGAUUCAAUGUUUGAAAAAAGUGCAAACGGAAAAUCCACUAGUUUUAAUUGAUGAAGUAGAUAAAAUUGGUGGUGCAGGUUACCACGGUGAUCCAUCAUCGGCGUUAUUGGAGCUAUUAGAUCCAGAACAAAAUACCAAUUUUAAUGAUCACUUUCUCGAUGUUCCUGUCGAUUUGUCGAAGCGCAGUGAUUCGGUCCGAAAGUGGAACUUAUUGAGCGGGUAUUAUUUCAUUUGCACUGCAAAUAUUACGGAUACCAUUCCGGGACCACUAAAGGAUCGCAUGGAAAUGAUCGAAGUCUCGGGUUAUGUUGCAGAAGAAAAAUUAAAUAUUGCACAAAGUUAUUUGGUACCUCAGUGUCGAAAGGAUAGCUCACUGGAAGAAAGUCAACUUCAGAUAGCUCCAGAAGCAUUGCAGACACUUAUCAAGCACUACUGUCGGGAAUCUGGUGUUCGAAAUCUUCAGAAGCAUAUUGAGAAGAUAUUUCGUAAAGCAGCUUUCAAAAUAGCCGGUGGAAACAAUCAGAAUAAUGUUCAAGUAGUUGUUGAUAAUCAGAAUAUCGAAGACUUUGUCGGAAGACCUAAAUUCACCAGCGAUCGUUUAUACGAUGCAACACCCAUUGGUGUAAUAAUGGGUCUUGCAUGGACAGCAAUGGGCGGAUCAUCCUUGUACAUUGAAGCAUGUUUACGACGGAGCUUGGCUACAUCUAAAUCGACUUUAUCACGAAACCCAAGUACUGACAGUGGAUUUUCAAACGAUUCACCGAAUGAUGUAGUUAACUCAUCGAAACCGGAUGCAACUGUUCCAUUUGGUAGUUUAGAAACUACUGGACAUUUGGGUGAUGUCAUGAAAGAGAGUAUGCGUAUUGCUUACACGGUUGCUAAGAAUAUCCUUAGGAAUCAUUUUCCGGAUAACGACUUUCUCGAUAAGGCACAUAUACAUGUCCAUGUUCCAGAGGGUGCAACACCGAAAGAUGGUCCAUCUGCAGGUUGUACAAUAACAUCAGCUUUAUUGUCACUGGCUUUGAAUCAACCAGCUCGACAGAAUGUUGCAAUGACGGGGGAAAUUUCUCUCACUGGAAGGAUAUUACCAGUUGGUGGAAUCAAAGAAAAAGUUAUUGCUGCUAAAAGAGCUGGAGUGAAUUGUAUUAUAUUACCCGAAGAGAAUCGAAAAGACUUCUCGGACUUGCCAGACUUUAUCCGAAAAAAUGUGGAUGUACAUUUCGUUUCAUGUUAUGAUCAAAUAUACGACAUCAUAUUUCCAGAUAUGAAUUAA